UAAGUGGUGACAGUCCUGAAAUGGAUGAACAAAACAAGUAUCUAGAGGACACUAAAUCCUUAAUAGAAAAGAAAAAUUUUUUUAAGGAGUCCCCAAAUUGUGAAGAGCUUAUAAAAGAUGUAAAAGAAGAGUGCAUAUUAUACGACAGUGCUUCGAACUUUUUAGAAGAAAAUCGGGAAGUAAAUUAUGCUAAUUUUAAUGAUAUCAGUAAGCAAAAAUUGUCUUUGCUGUUAUCCGAAAUUUCAUCAUUGUCAUCGAAAGAAAAGUUGCUUUUAUAUCUUAAAAUACCAGGGGGAAUAACGGAAACUGAUCCUCUGCGGCAGCACCAAAAUCCUUUAGGAACCCGGUUAGAAAUCAAUCGUACAAUAAAUUGGAUCAAGUCACACUUGGAGCAUGAUCCGGAAGUUUCUAUACCCAAGCAAGAUGUUUAUAACGAUUACAGCGUUUUCUGUAGAAAUUCAAAUAUAAAACCUCUUUCAACUGCUGAUUUUGGUAAAGUAAUGAAACAAGUAUUUCCUGACGUUAAGCCACGUCGACUUGGAACUAGAGGAAACUCUCGAUAUUGCUACGCAGCUAUGAGAAAAGUUACUAAAUUAGUUCCCCCACUUAUAUCUGUAUUGGAUAGUAGCACACAAAAGAGUGAAUUUUUAGAAGAAGUUGAUAAGGAGUCAUGGGAUGCAAUAAAGAAAUGGACUGAAGAAGUUAUGCACGUAUCUUUUGAUAGCAUUAAAGAUUUAGCAUCUCAUAUAAAAAAGAAUAAUUUGAAUUCUGUAAGUCCAUCAAAAAUAGUUAUACAAAGAAAAUAUAUGCAACGUUAUAAUAAUAAAAAGAAAUUUUCUGAAUUGAAUAUUAAACGAAAAAAGAAAAGAAAGAGGAAGAAUUCUUCAAAUACUGAAGUGAUACCCUCCUGCAUUUCACCAAUUACCUUAAAAGUUGAGGAACUAUCAGAUUCAAACAAUUCCUACAAUAGUGCUGCACUAUUAACACCUAUGAACUUAGCUAUAGAAAGCACGGAUUUCCAGAAAUCUAAUCACUCAAGCAUUUUUAGAGAUUCUGAAUCAAAUCAUAGUACAGAAAUGAACAGCUUAAAAAGUGUUGCGUUGUCAUGUAAAAAUGUGCCCAACAUGGUUGAUGUUAGUGCAUAUGAAACAAAAGUAAAAGAAAACUUAAAUGAAGGAAUACAAAUAAACUCCGUAGAUUCUGUUGCAGAACUUUUAAAUAACAAAACAUCUUCAACUAUUACAAGUCAACAUUUAUUACAUCGGGCUGAAGAUAGCACCCCUAUGGGACCACCACAAGUUCAAUCCAAUGCAGAAGUAUAUGCUAAUAAUUUAAACUUAAGAAAACGUUUAAUUUUGGAUAUGAAUAGAAACAAAGGGCUGAAUUUAAAUAAUACAAAUGAGCCUGAUAUUACAAAUGAUGAUAAAGAUGUUCUGUCGCAGAAUUUGGGCCUACCUAGAGAGAGAGUUAUAAGUAUUUGUAACAUGGAUAAGCAUGAACUUGAUGAUUACCUUCCAAACAUCGAGAAUCCAGACGAACAAGAUGCUGAAUUACUACAAUACUUUCAAGCACCAGAUCCGGCAGUUUCAAAAACAGAAGAAUUAAAACAAAUAUCUGCUAACAAUAAAACUGAGCCUUCAACAACAAUUUCUACAAUGUAUCCUGAUGAAAAUCUACCUCAACCAAAAUUAAUGUUACAAGGAAUUACUUCUAAUAAAAACACUCACUUAAAAAGGGAUAUGAAUAUGAAGUUAGGACAGAACGUUUCCUUAAAUUUUCCGAAUGAGAAGCACCCACAAUAUGUAAUGUAUGGACGAGAGAAUGAAUCAAACCUAAAUUUAUAUACUUCUCCAAAUUUGGAACAAAGAACUUUUAAAACCAGUAAUUCUUAUUGCAAUACGAAUUUUUCGAAGAAUCGUUUUAAUUUUGUGCCUAUUCAAAGUAAGGGUGUUUCAAAUUUAAAUAUACGGCCUGCAAUAAAUUUGAAUAGUUCUUGCAUUGAGUAUAAUACAAAAGUAUAUAACCCUACAAUAAGUGCUUCAGCUCCAACUAGUCCAAAUAUUUUAAGGCAAAAAAGUAUACCGUGCUAUUCAUUUGACUGUGAAAAAUACAUUAAUCCACAAACGGAGAACGUUAUGGAUUCAACAUUAAAAAUUAACAGCAAUGAUAAUUUAGAGUAUCGUUCCAGAAGUGUUCCUUUAAACGGCCCGAAAAUUGAAGAAUUCGAUAGUAACUCUGAGUUUUUGUCAGAAUUUAAUUCAGUUGCUCAAACACCAAUACCACAAGAAUUUACUGACUUUAGUGAUCAAAUUUUAAUAAAUCCACUUCGCACAUCACAAAAUAUGUACAUUCCUCAAAUGAACAAUGAUCUACAAAACAUGCCUAAAAAAAUGUAUGAUAACAUAGCGCAAAAGUAUGCAAUAAACAAAAGUACAAUUUCCCGUUCAAAUCCAACAACCCCUUUACCCGUAAUAUCCAUGCAAAAAAACCCCCCUACAAUUAAUAAUUUUGAGAUUAAUUCAAUCAAACAAAGUAACAAGAUGUUUGAUUUAUCAAAAUCAAUGCCCACUACGCCUAUUGAGUCAGAAAUUAUGUUUCGAUAUAGUCCAGAAACGAAAAGUAAUAGCCUAAUUGGUGCCGGGAGUGGUUUUAAUCGUAUUGAGUCAAAGAAACGAAGAGAUAUUUCAACAUUUAGUCAAUAUAAAGAUUCUAAUCACUUAAGUGGUGGAAUAAGUCAAACAACAACUUUAGAGAAUAAUCUCAGUAGCUUUGAUCCAGAUGCGACCACCGAAAUUUUAAAAAAUUUAUAGCAUUUUUAAUUUAAAAAAUGAAGAACUAGAUUUUUAAGGCCAAUAUUGAAGUGUAUAAAAUAUUUCUAAUAGCUUUAUGUAUAAAAUAUAUAUGUUUUAGUAUGAAAUUAUUCCCAAAAACUGUAUCCUUAUAUAAAACAAAAAUCAAAUAUGUAUUGAGAAUCUGCUCUAGUAAUUUUAUAAAUUACAAUACUAUAAUAGUUCCAUAAAAAAAAACUCGAUUUUAAUUUAACUUUUA